AUGAACGAAGAAACAACCACACGAACAUUAUUAGAUAUACCAGGUUAUUAUUAUGAUAAAAAAAAAAAUAGAUAUUUUCUAAUUAAUAAUGAAUUAAAAAAGGAAUUAAAAAAAGAAGAAUUUAACAAAUCAGUGAAUAACGCCAAAAAAAAAAACAGAGAUACUAAUAAUGCGGAAACUAAAAAAUGGGGGAAAAAGAAAUUCCAUCAAAUUCAUGGAAUAAAAGAAAUGAAAAAAAAAAAGAAAAAUGCAAACAAUAAUAAAUUAAAUAAUAAUAUUAAAAAUUAUAAUGAAGAAGAUGGAAUAAAUACUAUAUAUACCAAAAAAAAAAGUUAUAAUAUUAUAAAUAGUAAAGAAACAAAAUUAGAAUUAAUCAACAAUGAAUUAAAUUUUUUAAAAAAAAAUAUCUGUGAAAAUCAAAAUAUAUUUAAUUUAAUUAAGAGGAUAAAAAAUUAUAAUUUUAAAGAAGACUCCAUUUUAAGUUUGCCACCCAUUUUUAUUAAUUCUAAUAGUUGUGAAUAUAUUCAAGUAGAAGAUUUAUGUGAAUAUUCAUCAAAUAAAAAUUCAUUUUGUCAUAAAGAAAAUGAUUGUUUAGACAUUUUAAAAUCUCCAAGAUCUUUUAAUAAUAAAAGAACAGAUAAUAUAGAUGUCUCUUUGAACGAUUAUAAUUACUUUAAUUCAAGUCAAAAAUUAAUAGAUAAAUAUAAACGAAAAAAUAAAAACGAAUUCGAUAAUUUUAAUAAAAAUGAAUCAUUUGAUACAUAUAGAAAGUAUAGAAAAAAUAGCAUAUUCAGUAAUCAAACUGAUGAAUAUAAUGUUUCAAAUUAUAAUUACACAAACAAAAAAUAUUAUUGUGAUAAUAAAUAUAAUCUGACAUAUUGUAAAAAUGGAAAUAAUAUGUUUUCUUGUAUUAAUCCUGAUUAUAUAGAAGAAAAUUUAUUAAUUCCCAAACUAUAUGGGAGAACAUAUGAAAAGUUAAAUUCAUGUAAUAUAAAAAAUAUAAAAUCAAAAAUAAGGGUAAAUAGAUAUAAAGCGAAUUUUUAUUAUUUUUAUAAUAAUACUUAUGAUGCGUUUGCCUUAGAAGCAAAUAACACAUCCAGAGAAAUGAACAUGAACAAUAAUAAUGAUAAUGAUGCUAAUAAUGAUAGUAAUGAUAAUAAUAAUAAUAAUAAUAAUAAUAAUAAUAGUAAUAUUUAUAAUAAUAAUAUUUAUAAUAACAAUAUUUAUAAUAACAAUAUUUAUAAUAAUAAUAGUGGAAGGCACUUCAUUUCGUUUAAUAAUAUUUCCAGUGAUACCAUUUAUCAAGAAAUGGAAGUGCAAUCUUUGGAAGACAGUCAUAUGCCCAUUGGACAUUUAGAUGCCGUAACAAAUGAAACACGUAUUUCUAAAACACAUAAACCAUCUGAAUCCUUUUUUCAUUUAUUCAGUAAUCCUCAAUAUGAUGAUAUUGUUUUCAGUACAACCAAAGAGAACAAUUUUUCAUUCAGUUUAGGGGCUAUCGAUAUGAAUAAUUUCGUCCAAAAGAAUAAGAAAUCGUCCAUAUAUGAUGUUAUUCAUGAAAAUGUCUAUUAUAGUACAGAUACUAAAUAUUUGUGUAGUUAUUCUAAAGAAAAAAGUGAACUAUUAUGUAUUUCUCCACAAAUAUUAUCCCAUUUUAAUAUAUUUAAUGGUGAAUAUGUUGCCUAUUCCUCUUAUCCUAAUACAAAAGAUGAAAAAAGUCUUCUAUGCUUAUUAAGUAUAAAAUCAUUUUUUCAAUGUAAUCCCAAAAUAGAAAUAUAUAGUUUCCCUGGAGAAGUUAAUUAUUUUAAAUUAUUUCCAUCCAUUCAAAGUGAUAAUUAUAAUAAUAAUAAUUAUUCUCUACACCCAACUUCUGAUGAUUAUUCUUUUUAUCAUAAUAAUGAAAUUGACAAGAUUUUUAUAUGUGGGUCAUAUCCAUGUUUCAGUUUUAGUACCUUAAAAAAUAACGUUACAUAUUGUAUAUGGGAUAGUAAGAAAUUAAAAGUGCAAGAUUUACUGUCAAUGAACGAAGAUUUAACAUCAUAUAUUGAAAAUAUUAUUAACGGAAAACAAUUUAAUGUAUACCAACAAUUUGAAAAUAAUUCUCAAAAGAAAUUAAGGUUAUUUUCUUCGAAAAAAAGGAAAAAAAAAAUAUCCAAAGAACAAAAUAAAAAUCAACACGAAACAUUCACAGAUGAAUUAUAUGAAAAUAAUACCAAAAUGAAUAAUGAUAAUAAAAUAAAAUUUUGUAAAAAAGAGUCAUAUAAUGAAAGCGAUUUAUACAAAGGUAAUUCUGAACAUUUUAAAAAUGUUCAUGGUACUUUUAACAACAAAAAAACACAUGAUUAUUCAUACCGUCAUUUUGAUAAUAAUAAUAAUAAUAAUAAUAAUUACAAUCCAAAGAAAUCACCAAAUUCAGCAAAUUCGAUUGAAAAAAUUAAAAAUAAAUGUUAUUUUUCAUAUAAUCAUUCUUCACAAAGUUCACUCAAGUACAAUUAUAAUGACAAUAAAAAAAAAGGAAUAUGUUGUGAAAAUAUAAAAAAAUCAGAUAACAAUAUUUUUUUAUGUUGUAAUACAGAAUAUUUAUAUUUAUGUGAUUUACGUUGUAAUUUGUUAAAUACAAUAUCAAAGUUAAAGCCAAAUGAAGGCUAUGUCAAUAAAAUUUAUUCAUUAAAUAAUAAUGUACAAUAUGUUUCAUCUAAAACAAAUAAUCAUAUAGGAUUGUAUGAUAUGCGAUAUAUAAAUUACAAACAUAAUGAUGAAACAAAAAGUAAUUUAAUAGUCUCUUAUGAAAGAUUCAUAGAUAAUGAUAAUCUUAAAAAACAUCUUAAUGAUUUUUAUGUUAUAGAUAAUGAACAAUAUAUUGUUUCCCUAGACACGUAUACAAGUUCUGUAUAUAUAUAUGAUAUAAUGGGUACUACAACUAAAAUUAUAAAUUUGGAUGGAAAUUCUGAAUAUUCAAAAAAUAAUGUUUUACAUUGUUAUACAAACUUAUCUAAAAUACCAUAUAUAUACUCAUGUAGAAAAUACGAUGAUUAUUAUUAUAAUUAUUAUAAACAAAAAAUUUAUGAAACCAAAGCUACUGAUAGUAAAUAUGUAAAUCAUUUUAAUCCAAUGAAAUCAUAUCCUAAAAAGGACUUAUUUAUAGGAUUAAAUGUUCAAUCCAUUUUACCUCUUUUUUAUAUAAAACAAAAAUAUAAUAAACAUAAUUUCAUUUCUAUAAAUGAAGGAGGCUUUAUUUGUACAAUAAAUAUAUAA